AGGUGGUGACACAGAGACAGGUAGGGGGGCCCAUAGCAAAGCCAGGCAAGGAGGUCCCGAGAUGAUUGUGGGUGGCAGGGAAGGAAAAAAUAUUCCUUGACUUUGUGCCUGGACCUGGUUGCAAUAAACGCCCAAGAGGUAGUUCCUAUCAUCGUGCACAUUUCGCUGAGGGAAGAAACUGAGGGUCAGUGACCCAAGUGAAGUGACUUGCCCAAGAUCAUGCAGGAAGACAUGGGUAAUUGUAAUUUGAACCAAGGUCCCAGCAAAGCGGGAUUGUUGGGGCUGAGUGGGCCGGCUCCUGCACUUCCUUCCCUCUCCCUGGGCUUGGGUACCCCACUUGUCCAGACAGCGGCCGGGCUUGUCACGGGGCUCUGUACAGCCUUUUCUACUCUCCCGGCUGCCAGCGUCCCGCCCCGUCCCCUCCCAGCCCCCAAGGGAGGAGGGGAGAGCUGCAGAGAGGAGGAGGGGUCGGGGAGGCCCGGCUUUAUAAAGGCGGCUGGAACAACCCUGCCCGCCAGACCCCGUCGCCCGGAUCCCCUGAGCUGCCCGCCACCCCACGUGACCGCGCCGCCCCCCAGCUCCACCGCUGAGCCCGCUCGCCAUGGCCCUCUUCGGGACCCUCUUCCUAGCGCUGCUGGCAGGCGCUCACGCAGAGUUCCCAGGCUGCAAGAUCCGCGUCACCUCCAAGGCGCUGGAGCUGGUGAAGCAGGAGGGGCUGCGCUUUCUGGAACAAGAGCUGGAGACCAUCACCAUUCCGGACCUGCGGGGCAAAGAAGGCCACUUCUACUACAACAUCUCUGAGGUGAAGGUCACAGAGCUGCAGCUGACAUCUUCCGAGCUCGAUUUCCAGCCACAGCAGGAGCUGAUGCUACAAAUCACCAAUGCCUCCUUGGGCCUGCGCUUCCGGAGACAGCUGCUCUACUGGUUCUUCUAUGAUGGGGGCUACAUCAACGCCUCAGCUGAGGGUGUGUCCAUCCGCACUGGUCUGGAGCUGUCCCGGGAUCCCGCUGGACGGAUGAAAGUGUCCAAUGUCUCCUGCCAGGCCUCUGUCUCCAGAAUGCACGCGGCCUUCGGGGGAACCUUCAAGAAGGUGUAUGAUUUUCUCUCCACGUUCAUCACCUCAGGGAUGCGCUUCCUCCUCAACCAGCAGAUCUGCCCCGUACUCUACCAUGCAGGGAUGGUCCUGCUCAACUCCCUCCUGGACACCGUGCCUGUGCGCAGUUCUGUGGAUGAGCUUGUUGGCAUUGACUAUUCCCUCAUGAAGGAUCCUGUGGCUUCCACCAGCAACCUGGACAUGGACUUCCGGGGGGCCUUCUUCCCCCUGACUGAAAGGAACUGGAGCCUCCCCAACCGGGCGGUGGAGCCCCAGCUGCAGGAGGAGGAGCGGAUGGUGUAUGUGGCCUUCUCUGAGUUCUUCUUCGACUCUGCCAUGGAGAGCUACUUCCGGGCAGGGGCCCUGCAGCUGUCGCUGGUGGGGGACAAGGUGCCCCACGACUUGGACAUGCUGCUGAGGGCCACCUACUUUGGGAGCAUUGUCCUGCUGAGCCCAGCAGUGAUUGACUCCCCAUUGAAGCUGGAGCUGCGGGUACUGGCGCCACCACGCUGCACCAUCAAGCCCUCUGGCACCACCAUCUCUGUCACUGCUAGCGUCACCAUCGCCCUGGUUCCACCAGACCAGCCUGAGGUCCAGCUGUCCAGCAUGACUAUGGACGCCCGUCUCAGCGCCAAGAUGGCUCUCCGGGGGAAGGCCCUGCGCACGCAGCUGGACCUGCGCAGGUUCCGAAUCUAUUCCAACCAUUCUGCACUGGAGUCGCUGGCUCUGAUCCCAUUACAGGCCCCUCUGAAGACCAUGCUGCAGAUUGGGGUGAUGCCCAUGCUCAACGAGCGGACCUGGCGUGGGGUGCAGAUCCCACUACCUGAGGGCAUCAACUUUGUGCGUGAGGUGGUGAUGAACCAUGCGGGAUUCCUCACCAUCGGGGCUGAUCUCCACUUUGCCAAAGGGCUGCGAGAGGUGAUUGAGAAGAACCGGCCUGCCAAUGUCAGGGCGUCCACUGCCCCCCCACCCUCCACAGCAGCUGUCUGAGCCCUCAACCCCCACGCUGGCAGCUGUCAUUCAGGACUCCAACCCCUCUCAGCCCCUCUUUUCCCACAUUCAUAGCCUGUAGUGCCCCCUCUAACCCCCACUGCCACAGAGAAGACGGGGUUUGAAGCUGUAUCCAAUUUAAUUCCAUAAUCAGUCAAUCUAUCAAUUACAGUCCAUCCACCACC